AUGGGCGGCUUCACAAGGGCUAUGAUGCGAUUCACCUCCAGCAAGAAUCUAGCCCCAGCUGGUGCUGACCCCCCUCUUCAUGCAGACGCACCGCAGGUCAAUCUCCCGCAUGUGGACACUCAGCUAAAUAUGCACAACGGUUUCCUCGACGAAGAGUCCCCGGCCGCAGGUCAGAACGGAACCUCCAAUGACACCUCUCCAUCUCCUUCCCAACCAUCAAAUCCCUCCGCUACUACAGAUACCAGCAAUGGCGAACCAUCAACGGCAGAAUGGUCGGCAGUCGGACAUGCAGCAACCGGAAAAUCCGGCCGGGUCAUACACAACCUCCAGGAGGAAAUCGCGCGUCUAACGCGUGAAUGCACUCUACAAAAGUCUCGCGCCGAAGAAUUCCAAAGGUCAAAUGAAGCCUAUAAGAUCCAGCAACAAAAUAUGAACGAGCGGCUACAAAAUCUUGAACAAGUCAACGAGACGAAUCUCAACUCAAUCGCGCGCAAGGACCGGCAACUGGAAGAACUACGAACAGACAUACAACAUGAGCGCUCGAAGCGCCAUGAUGCCGAGGUGGAUGCCAAUCAAACCAACGAGAUGAUGCGCGAGGAACGCGAGAACCAUAACCGCGAACAAGCUCGGAUACAGGAGAUCUCCAAGCACCACGAAACACAGUACGAAGUACUAUCGUCCGCGACGAAACGCGACAAGGCAGACUUCACAAAACGCAUCAAUGCUAUCUCUGGGCAGUUCCAGUCCAUAGCCAAUGCGCAAAAAACACAUAUACACUCUACGGAACGCUUGGAGGUCCUUGCAGAUCAAAAGAACCGUGAGAUCGAGGCUCUCAAGGAAUCUUAUGAGAAGUUGCUGGCUACACAUACUACGUAUAAGGAUAUGAAGGACAAGGAGUUCCGGGACACCCUUGGGUCGGCCCAGUCCAACAAUGACAAAAUUGAUGGAGCUCUGGCUAGCAUCAAGGAGACGGAAUCAGAGAUGAAGUGGGUAGUUCGGCUGAGUGAAAGCCAAGUCAAGCCACCUGCCAGUGAAUAA